UGACAUGGAAGUGUUCACUGAACAUGUACAUGUCGUUGUAGUAAACACAAAGUACAAGACUUCCCACAGCAUCUACUUGCUAAUAUUACCACAGCCAAACUAUAGCGUAAUCAACCUGUCUCUGUUCAGUGUAAUGGUGCAUGGGUGCAACUUUUACUUCGUUCAGGAACAUCCGGUCAAUACUUAUAAUUAUACUCAAAAGCAAAGCAUGAUUGCCUAUAAAAAGGGAAUGAAGUGGAGUACACACAUAACACAGUUGCUGAUAAAUGAUUCGCUUGUCAGACAUGAGUUACCAGACUGCCACUUCUCUCCUCCUGGUCACAGCUUUGUACCUGACCCUCUCCUCUGCAACUAAUGAAAGUUCAUGCAGCAAUGUUCAAGAGAAGCUCAAUGGACUGAAAGAAGCAGUGGAGGCUCUGUGUGAAGGCACCAGUGUGGCCAUCCCUACUGUCCGAAACACCUGGACCUCUGUGCCCAUCACUAGCAUCGGAGGUACUGACCUACGACACCCUAAUACUUUCUCUUUCGUUAUCCCAAGUGUCAUCCCAUCAACUGCAAAGAAUGUGCUCAUUUAUGCUGUAAUGCAUUGCGGACAUGCUAACGUUUACAUCGCCCUCCACCUCAAAAUAUUUACUCAGGACGGGAGUAACAAGCGUUUUGAAAAAUACCUCUACAUGUUAACUUAUAAUCAGGUUGCCUUCAACACCAACUCUGACAACAUGUGGUUCCCCAUGCCCUCCAAUCGUAGGAUCUACAUGACAGUGGACAGGGACCUUGGUACCAAUUGCAAAGCUCAGCUCUAUGCAAUUGGAUACAAUUAAUCAGGAAAAUAAUGUGAAGAAACCUUGAACUGCUGUAUAAUUAUAGAACUAUAGUACACUAUGUUCUUGCCAUUUUGCUAUAAUUAGACAUAAUAAUUAGACAACUCAGUGAUCAGUCAGUCAGUGCACAUGCAUAAUACACACAGUGAAUUAACAACCAAAAUUACAUUUGCAUGACCAUCAUGUCAAUAAACGAGUACAUACACGCAAGUAUUCACUGAACAUGUACAUGUUGUUGUAGUACAAUACAAACUACAAGACCUAUACCACAACAUCUACUCUUACUAAACAGCCAUAGCGUUCACCUGUCUCUGUUCAGUGUAAUGGUGUAUGGGUACAACUUUCACUUCUUCGGGAACAUCCGGUCAAUAUAAUCAAAAGCAAAACACGCCUAUAAAAAGGGAAUGAAGUGGAGUACACACAUAACACAGUUGCUGAUAAAUGACUCGCUUGUCAGACAUGAGUUACCAGACUGCCACUUCUCUCCUCCUGGUCACAGCUUUGUACCUGACCCUCUCCUCUGCAACUAAUGAAAGUUCAGGCAGUAAUGUUCAAGAGAAGCUCAAUGGACUGAAAGAAGCAGUGGAGGCUCUGUGUGAAGGCACCAGUGUGUCCAUCCCUACUGUCCGAAACACCUGGACCUCUGUGCCCAUCACUAGCAUCGGAAGUACUAACCUACGACACACUAAUACUUUCUCUUUCGUUAUCCCAAGUGUCAUCCCAUCAGCUGCAAAGAAUGUGCUCAUCUAUGCUUUAAUGCAUUGCAGAACUGCUAAUCGUGGCACCGAGCUCCACCUCAAGGUAUUUACUCAGGACGGGAGUAACAAGCGUUUCGAAAAGUACCUCUACAUGUUCAGUUGGAAUCAGAAUGCCAUCAACACCAACUCUGACAACAUGUGGUUCCCCAUGCCUAUCAAUCGUAGGAUCUACAUAACAGUGGACAGAGACGUUGGUACCAAUUGUAGAGCUGAUCUCUUUGCAAUUGGAUAUAACUAAUCAGGAAAUGAAGAAACUGGUGACUGUAUUAAGAGUAUAAUUAUUAUCUAUAAUUAUUACACUGUAAAAAAAAAAGUGCAGUGAGCACACUAAAACCGUCGCAUAUAGCACACUUUUUCAAAUAUGCGACGGUUUUAGUGUGUCCACCGCACUUUUUUUCAAUCAUUUUUUACAGUGUACCACAAAAUAUUAAUCGUUCAGUCCAUGAUCAGUCAGUCAGUUAGUCAGUGCAGUACUCAUUUAAUUACAUUGCAUUGAAAAACUUUGCUGCAUGUUUCCAAAGCCGGGAAAAUUAAUUUGCAUGACCAUGUAAUAACAUGUAAAUACAUGCAAAUAUUCACUGAACAUGUACAUGUUGUAUAGUGCACACCAAGUACAAGACUUCCCGCAGCAUCUACUUGCUAAUAAUUAUUACCACAGCCAAACAACUAUAGCGUAUUAUCAACCUGUCUCUGUUAAAAUGGUAUGGGUACAACUUUCACCUUUUUUGAACAUCCGGUCAACAGCAAAUCUUCCCUCCUCAAAAGCAGGAUUGGGCUAUAAAAAGAAGAGAAUGAAGUGGAGCACGUAACACAUUUGCUGAUAAUGACUCACUUGUCAGACAUGAGUUACCAGACUGCCACUUCUCUCCUCCUGGUCACAGCUUUGUACCUGACCCUCUCCUCGCAACUGAUGAAAGUUCAUGCAGCAAUGUUCAAGAGAAGCUCAAUGGACUGAAAGAAGCAGUGGAGGCUCUGUGUGAAGGUACCAGUGUGUCCAUCCCUACUGUCCGAAACACCUGGACCUCUGUACCCAUCACUAGCAUCGGAGGCUGCGGACAAGCUAACGUUGGCACCACCCUCCACCUCAAAGUAUUUACUCAGGACGGGAGUAACAAGCGUUUUACCUCUACAUGUUAACUUGGAAUCAAAAUGCCAUCAACACCAACUCUGACAACAUGUGGUUCCCCAUGCCUAUCAAUCGGAGGAUCUACAUUACAGUGGACAGGGACCUUGGUACCAAUUGUCAUUCCGCACUCUUUGCAAUUGGAUACAACUAGUCAUGAAAUGAACUGUAUAUGGUGACUGCAUUAGAAUAAAGCGCUUGCGAUUAUUAUUAUCAAUAGUCAGUCAGUCAAUGCCAG